UUUGCCCCCAUAGACAUAGACACGCAUACACAAACGCAGGCCCAAAAGAAAACUUGUGUGGUGGUGCCUUAAAGGAAGAAAAAUCCGAAACGCAUAAAGUCUAAUGGAUACGGAUGCCAGUGCCGCGCCAGAGGCCGAGACAGCCACCAAAGAAAAUGCCGCCGAUAAGCUAAACGAGUCGAAGGCGCUAGAAAAUGCAGCGGAACAGCCUGCAGCCGAUGCUGAGCCCGUCAAGGCCGAAAAGGAGAAAGGGGAUGGAGCUUCGCCUACCACAAGUGAUGACGUAGAUGUUGCUGAUAAAAAGGCUGUUGGAGACGCAGCAUCGGAUGCAGACGAAAAAGAGGCUGACACAGAGUCGUCAGCGUCGCCUACGACAAAGAAAGCAGCCAACAGCAGUAAUAAUGGGGAAAAUAAAAGUCAGGAUGAGGAUGAAGAUGACUUAGAGGAGGAUCAGGAUGAUGAAGAUGAUGAGGGUGAUGACGCGGAUGAAACGAAAAGCGAUGCCGGCGACAAGGAGAAAAAGUCAACCACAGCAGAAAACAAAAAUGAUACAACAGAUGGGGCCAAGGCAAAGGCUGGCGCGUCCGCUAAGAAGACGGAGACCAAGGCAAAGAAUGGCAAAUUGGAUAAGUCAGAGGACAAAGAGGGUGAUGACGACGAUGGCGAUGAAGGCGACGGGCUUGACGAGAACAACGAGGUUGCCGAGGACGAUGAGAAUGUAGUCGCUCUCGCCGAGAUCGAUCGCAUUAAUGAGAAUAUUAACAAGACGCGAGUCGAUGGACUUCAGCCUCUGCAUGCUAUCUGCUUUGGUGCCCAAGGCAAGAACAACGUGGUGAAGAAAAAUCUGCGCUCCUUUGCAGGCUUUGAGUUCGCAAAAGACUCGGCAGAAUAUAAAAAGAAAUUUGAUGCCAUCAAAAAGUUGGAUAACAAGGGUCUGCGCAAUAUUUGCGAAAUUUUAACACUGGAUCGUAAGGGUAGCAAGGACGAGAUCUUGUCACGAGUGAUGAAAUUCUUAAUGGAGCCCGAUGAAUCGUUGUGCGCGGAACCCGAUGAGGAAGAAAUGGAUGAGGAUGAAGCAUCCGAAGAGGAGGAAGAAGCUUUUAGUGAGGAGGACAAAAAGCGCAAGAACAGCAAGCCAAGCGGAGGCAGAGGAUCAGCUCGCAAUUCCAGUGGACGCCCCAAGCGUGCCACAGCAGGCAAAAAAAUGUCAGCCUAUGUUGAUUUCUCCAGCUCGGAAGAGAGCGAACACAAGGUUCAAGUGGCUAAGAGAAGACGCAACGAUGACUCCGAGUCUGGAUCAGAUUAUAAUCCUUCCGGAAAUUCGGAUUCCGAUGGUGGUCGUAAUGCAGGACGCAAGGCUGCAGCGCGAGCCAAUCGUGGUCGUCCUGUGCGCAAGAGUCGCCGAAGAAAUUCAGAUUCCGAGGAUGAAGAGGAAUCAGAAAUUUCUGAUGCGGAUAGUGAUGUGCCCAAGCGCAAACGCGGUUCUGCAGGUAAACGUGGUCGAUCUGCUCCUGCAACUCCAGGCAGACGAGGACGUGGUCGUGCGGCUUCUGCGCGAAAGCGCAAGGAUUCUGAAAGCGAAGAGGAAGAAGUUUCGGAGGAUGAAGAAGAGGAAGAAUUGUCGGAAUUCGGCACUGAAGCCAGCGAUGAUGAGCCUCCUAAGAAGAGUAAGAAACCCACAACGCCUGCGAAAAAUAGCAAAACUAACAAUAAGUCAAAACCAGCUAGCAAGGCACCUGGCCGACCGAAAAAAUCAAAGAAGGAAAGUUCCGAGGAGGAGGAGGAUGAUGUUGACAAAGAUGAAUCCGAUGAGGAUGAGCCACUGACCAAAAAAGGCAAAGCGGCAUUCCCAACGGACGAACAAAUACGUUCUUAUGUCAAAGAAAUUUUGGAUAAGGCAAAUCUCGAAGAGAUUACCAUGAAAACAGUGUGCAAACAAGUUUACGCUAAAUACCCCGAUUUUGAUCUAACAGAUAAAAAGUAUUUUAUUAAGGCCACAGUUAAAGCGUUAAUUGCCACAUAAAAUGACACAAAGAGGGAGGCCUUAAUGCCUGGGGAUGGGCCGGCAAGCAAACUUGAACCAAACACUAAAACACACAACAACUGAUUUACAACAAACGGAAAGGCAGACAGGCGGUCGCAAGAGGUUGCCACGCUUUUUGGGAGCUGUUGUCGCAACAAGCAUAAAACAAACAAAACAUCCCGCUAGUUUUCGUAUAAGCGUAAAACUGUCAACUUUGAACCUUUACCUUAAUUCCUAUUUCUAUUUUGUAACUGUAUUUUUAAACAUUUUGGAAUUCAUUUUUUAUGAAUAUAUAUGCGUUCUCAGACAGCUCUACAAAAAGUGUGUAAGCAAAGCAAACAAUAAACAAAAAAACAAACGUGUAAAAAUAUAUAAAAGCAAAUAGCGAGCAUGAGCAGAACACACAGUUAAAUUACAUUUGAAUGUAGUGCUGGUUAAUUUGGCGUUCAAAAUUAUGUAUUUUAUAUUAAGUAAUGCGGAUAAAUAAAAAAAAAGAAAAUUUAAUU